CGUGCGUGCAAAAUGUCUUUCUAUUUCUGGGUCGACUUUACCAUCCUUCUGAUUACCCUCACAGCAGCCCUUUAUUUCUACUCCACACGAAAAUUCAACCACUGGAAGAAGAAAAAAGUGCCAUUUAUCCCUCCCGUUCCCCUUUUUGGCAGCGCUUUUGACGUCUUCACCCUCAGGCAAAACAUCGGGGACUUUACCCGAAAAAUCUACGAAAGCACUGUUCAACCCUACGUGGGUUUCUUCAUCUGUGAUGAACCCUAUCUUCUGGUUCGAGAUCCAGAAUUAGUGAAAAAUAUUCUAGUGAAAGAUUUUGACGUGUUUAGCAACCGGAGCGUGUUCGAGAACAAAAAGGAUGACCCGAUGGGGGCUCAUAUUCUGUUUCUUCUGAAAACACCCGACUGGAGGAACAUGAGGCGCAAAUUGUCUCCUGCUUUUAGUUCGGGGAAGAUGAAGAACAUGUACCCUUUGAUGGGGGUUUCGGGGAAGGAAAUGGUCGAGUAUUUGGUGGAACAAAGUAAAAGUAACCCGGUGAUUGAUAGUCGAGAGGUGGCAGCUAAAUAUACCACGGAUGUUAUUAGUUCUACUUCGUUUGGAAUCAACGCUAAUUCCUUCAAGUAUGAAGAUUCGGAGUUUAGGGCUGUGUCCAGGAGGGUGUUCAAUUGGGCGAUUUGGGAGAGGGCCAUUUCGACUUCGUUUCACUUCGUGGCGCCAAGUUUGGUCAAGUUGUUUAAGAUGAGGUUUGUGGAUAAGGCGUCUAGUGAUUUUUUGAGGGAGGUUUUCUGGAGGAUGAUGAACGAGAGGCAAGAGAAGAAGUUCGUGAGGAACGAUCUUCUGGAUAUUUUGAUCGAGUUGAAGAAGCAGGAAAAUAUUGACGAUCCGUACAAGUUGGAGGGAGAUAAAUUGGUGGCUCAAGCUACCCAGUUCUUUAUAGCGGGAUUUGAAACCUCAAGCUCGACAAUAUCAUUCACCUUAUACGAACUGGCAGUGAAUAAAGACUUCCAGAAUAAAGCAAGAGAAGAAAUUAAGGAGGUUAUAAAGAAACACGGCGAUAUUUCCUACGAUUCGCUGAAAGACAUGCAAUAUGUUGACUGGUGCAUCAAAGAAACUUUGCGAAAGUACCCUGUACUUCCAUUCCUGGACCGACGAUCCAGCGCCGACUACCAGAUUCCCGGAACAGAUGUCGUUCUGGAAAAAGGUUCCCCGAUUUUUGUUUCAGUGAUGGGCAUGCACUACGACCCAAAAUAUUUCCCAGACCCCGAUAAAUACGACCCUACGAGACACAGCGAAGAAAAUGUCAAAACCAGACCCUCCUUUACGUAUCUUCCUUUCGGAGAAGGACCGAGAAAUUGCAUCGGUGCGAGGUUUGGAGCAGUCAGCUCGAAGUCGGGAGUGGCUCACAUUUUGAACAAUUUUGAAGUAGAACUGUGUGAAGAAACCCAACACCCGCUGAAGAUUGACCCGAGAGGAUUUUUGGUGGCGCCGAUAUCAGGACUUCUACUCAAGUUCAACAGGAUGUGAUAAAAUUAGUUUUAAUGGUGUUGUUUUUUUGCGCGAGUGACAAUGUGUAAUUUUAUCUUAAUGUGUCAAAGUCACCAAAUGUAACAAGUAAUAAUUGUUAUUAAGUGUAUUUUUCUGUUUUUGUUUUGUUGAAAUU